AUGAUGAUUUUUGCUUACGAUAAACUUGGGAUAAUUGUCACUGAUCGAGUUCCAAUUGGCAGUAGUGUAACCGGGGAUUACUACAAUUCAUUCCUUGUCAAAAAAUUGCGACCAGAAAUCCGUAAAAAGCGACCAGGAAUGUUACAAAAUGGUGUGUCCAUAUUGCACGAUAAUGCGCGGCCGCAUAUCGGAGCACCAGUCGUCGCUCUUUUGGAGAAAUAUGGAUGGGAACGCCUCAAACACCCACCGUAUUCGCCGGAUUUAAGUCCCCCAGACUUUGAUUUAUUUCCAAAACUGAAGGAACCGCUUAGAGGGAUCCGUUUUCCCAACUUAGAUAUACUAAAUGAAGAAGUGAGCCGAAGGAUCCGUGAACUCAACAAAGAUGGCGUCCUAUGCGGCAUUCAAGCGCUCCCGAAACGAUGGCAAUCGUGUAUAGACAAGCAGGGAGAUUAUAUCAAAGGUCUAUAA